CUAACACCCCUCACUCCACAAUACCAACCUUUGUACCCCUCUCUUUUCACUAACAAAGCCGUGUAAGCAAAUCAUGGGAAACUGCCUAGUUGUUGAAGAUCAGGUAAUCCAGGUAAUGAAGCCAGACGGAAAAAUUCUCGAGUAUAGAGCACCCAUCAAUGUAAACCAAGUGACCUCAGAAUACUCCGGCCAUGCAAUAUCUGAUACACUUCAGGUCAUCCAUCAGCAUCUUCUGCCUGAAACCAAACUGAUUGGGGGUCACUUGUACUACCUAGUACCUCUUCCAUCCUCACCCCCAGAAAUUAGAAAGAAGAAGAAAGUGAGAUUUUCUAAUCCAGAAAAGGAAGAUGGACAAGGAUCCAGUGUAGUAAGGAUAAAGAUAAUUAUCAGCAAGCAAGAACUACAGGAGAUGCUGCAAAAGGAAGGAGUUUCUGUUGAUAAUAUGCUCUCCCAUCUUCAAGUUCAAGAGAAAGUAAGUGAGGUUGAUAGAUCAAGUGAAGAUGACAACAGCAACAGAUGGAAGCCUGCCCUAGAAAGCAUAGCUGAAGUAAACUAGUAGAGCGCAUCCAGUAUAGUUAGACUUCCUUUUUUCCCUGUUUGUAUCACUUUUAUAUACAAUAGUAUAGAAAGAGAAUAACAAUACAUUUAAAGCUUGUUUUCUCAUAAGAAAUGCACUCAACCUACUCUUGUCGUA